AUGGAACUGCAGCUCUCUGACCCCAAGAAUUUGGAGGACCUAUUCUUGGCCGGUUGGAGUUCUUUACCCAUCUGGGUCUUAGGAGCACGUUCUGAUGAACAAUGUGAUCAGCUCAAGCAUUUGAAUAUCGAUCACGUAGUGGCGUCCCAUUCAGUACAACGAGCUAUCAUUAACGUUGACGAGAGUGCAAGAAAACGGGCCCGUCGAAUCGUGGCCGCUCUUCGCGACUUUAAGACCAUGGCUGUGUCAUCGGGCUGUGGCAUCACCAACGGUAAUGGCCUGUCCCUCUCUUCUGUUACCGGACAGUUCGUGUCAAAAGAGUCCUUUAAGGUGAAACUCAAGUUUAGCACACCAAAACGUCGAGAGUAUCGUAAAAUAAUCUACCUGUAG